AUGGCGAACACGUCGCUGCCGUGCCUCGUCUUCGAGUACGGCGACGAGCGGCCGACGACGCUGUACGGCGCCGCCGACGGCGCACACCGCCCGUGCGAGAUCGACGUGCUGCUAACCAAGCAGAACUGGGUCACCGCGCACGGCUGGGUGCUCGCCCGUGACCCGGAUACCUCGGCUACCUUCCUGUGGGACCCGCAGGAUCCGGAGCACGGCCGCGUCGUGCUGCCGUCGUUGCCGCAAGCUCCGCCGCUGGGCUCCGACUGCGUGCUGUCCGGCGAUCCCACCAGCCCGGACGGCUGCACCGUGGUCCUACCCGAGCCAUACGACAGCACCGCCCUAUGGUACUGCCACGCCGGUUCGGCCUCGCCGGAGUGGGUGAGGUACGAGUAUGAUCUCGGAGGCAAGCUCGUGGUGAUCGGAAAACACCGGAGCUGGCUAAAGAGGUGCGUCUUCGGUCUAACGCCAUAUCGCGGAAGGUUUUACUUCCCAAUCCAGACGAACAAGUACGGCGUGCUUGAGUUCUCGCCGGAGCCGGCGUUAAGCACCGUGAAAACCAAGGGGAUCAAGCUCACCUACCCUCCGAGCGGGGAGAAGUGUGUGCAUGCGUGGUCCUCCCUCUUGGAUCUGGACGGCGAGCUUCAUAAGGUAUCGAUUUCCUUUGCGGACCUUGAAAUGCGGACGGUCAAUGAUGUAGCUGUCUACAAGAUGGGUUUUGACGGAUCAAGAUGUGUCAGGGUGGACGAUAUCGGCGAUCGGGCCAUACUUUUGAGCUCGAGAAGCAACAUGGCGGGAUGGUGUCCGGCCAGCAAGUUCGGGUUGCUUUCCAACAGCUUGUAUUGGAUGAGUGGGUUCGACAAGUGUCUCCACGUGUACGACAUUGGAACGAACACUGAGGAGGUGCGGCAGUGCCAAGAUAUCGCGGAGCAAUCGAGCUUGCCGUUUUGGUUGGUUCCUGUUCAUCGUGCAUGAACAGAUUAGAUUUGCCCAUGUUUGAUGUGACAAUCAUACUGCGAUAUUCUUGUAGGCCGACUUGUAAUUUCGUAGUUGGGGGAUUUAGUUUUCUUCUUGUUUUGAACCUAUUUUUCUUUUGUGCUGGUAUUUUUUUGAACGUAUCAGCCCAAUGUGUCAAAUAUGAGCCAAAUAUUUACAUCAAGGGUUUAUUUCAUCCUUUUAUGAGUCUGUAAACAUGUUUAUUUGCAUUUAAAUGCUAUGAGUAAUGCAAUGGACGACAAUGUUUUAAUAGAUUAUGAAACG